AUUUGUUCUAUUACUGGGGAUCCCCACAAUCCCUGUAUUUUCAAGCGACGGAUCGGCAACAUUGUAUUUAUUAUCUCUGUCACGUCACGUUUUCUGUCAGGAGAUGAUGUUUUGUGGCGUGUAGCGUUGCUGUGGUUGUGAAUCUGUGAUUCGGUGUCUUGUUUAUGUUUACAAUGUAUUAUGGUAUUACAUUACAACAUAAGCUUGUGGUUCAAUUUUGUUGAAUGGAUAUAAGUCUAAAGAUUUUGCAAAAUCUGCAUAGAUCGGUUCAGUAAAACCGAUGUAUACAAAAAUCACAAUGGGUUAUAAAUAGUUGAAAACAAGAAUAAUAUAUCAUAAUCAUAUACAGUAAAUGGUGACUAGAUAAGGUGUGAUUUUAUCAGCAUAACAUAAUUUAUCUGAAAUCUGGUAAAUUCAUCAACAUCAUCAAUAAUUGCUGGUGAUAUUUUAGGAGAGUAUGAUAUGAAUUAUAUUGGUGACAUAUUAAGAACCCAAGCAGAUGUUGGAUACUAUUUUUGGCACUGCUUAACAUGUUAAUGGGGAAAACUGCAAGACUUCGGCAAAAUGCACGGGGUGAAACGCGUGGUGAUCUUCUGCCUGAUGACAGCCGUGGUUCCCACAGUGUUGAUCAUCGUCCCUCUGUACUUGCGCCAUACCGUGUUCGCUCCGGUAGUCUACCCGGUGGCCGAAUCGGACGUAUUGUCAAUCGAAGAGGGCGUUUCCGGCAUUUUCUGCGAAUCGCUCAACCUCAAAAUGAACUCCUCCUUCAACGCUUUCCAGUUGGGAGGCACGCCGAGGAUCAGCACCAAACGGAAACAUAUCAGGCUGAAGAAAUCGAUGACGUUGCCUGAUGACACGUUGGAGUACUGGGGAUUCUAUUUGCUGAAGGGGGCCAAGGUUAAAUUGAAGGUUUGUUCUCGAUACGAUGGCUCGCGCAUCCUCGUGGUCCGUGGCGGGAAAAAUCUGAACACUUGCGCACUGAUGGAACACAACUACAAGAAAUAUGGCGCCAAAAUGGAUGCGGAACACAGUCGAGUCAAAGUGACGUACGAGAAACCGGCUGAAGUGCUCGGAAUGGUCGAUGCUGAGGUAGAAAGAGAUGUGGGGAAAGAAGAUUUGUCCGAGGAUGAUGAUACCAUACGAAAAAGGUUGCAAUUGAACAGACUAAACAUGAACCAAUCAGAAGAUAGCACGACACCAAAAGUUGAAGUAGAGAACACCAACAAUACUAAAAUCAGACACAGAAAAAGGCACGCUAGGAAAUGGUUACACAAAUUGCAAAGUUUGAAAAAAGAACUUGGAGGAGAAGCGUCGAAUGUUGACAUCCGUCGAAAGAGAAGCAUUUCUCCCCUAGAUGCCCACAUAAAGCAUGGCGGUAAUGCGCUCAAUUUUUCUCUUAUUGCCUUGCAGAGUGACAGUGUGUCCAGUUUUGAAAGCGAUUUGCUCACUUGCUAUGAUGGGAAAAUACUGUUGACUAGAGGUUUUUUACCUAGCGAAUCUUGCAACAGCGUCAACUACUUGGAGAAGAGCAACCAUAUGGUUACUGAACAUACGGUAGCUUCCAACGGAUAUUAUUACUAUAUAUUUUACUCUGACAAUGAUCUUGUCAAGAAUGACAUACACGCUGUUUUUGACAUUUACAAACCGACGUACAGGUUCUCCGAAAAGAGCAGUAAGGAAUGUAUGAACCAGACAGAAUGCGAAUUCCCUAUCAACAUCUUUUCCGACGAGACUGUGAUUGUGGAAGUACCUACUCGGGAUGGCAUAGAACAUGAAGAAGACGACAUCACGUUACUGACUUCCACCUGUAAUCCAAGAAUGGGUGUAUACAUGAUAUUCCCUAUUCUUGUUCUUCUUUUGAUAUUGCUAUGCGCCUUUCUGUAGGAAAACAGCGUUUUGUGGAUACCCAGACUCAGCGAAUGAGAAUUUUGUUGAGUCAAAUAUAGUAGCCAGUAUAACUGAGUAGACCCAAAAUAGGUAUUGGAGGGAUACUAAUUUGCCGGCACUUGAAGUUUAUCUGCAUUCUGGCAUUGUGGUAUGCUUCAAAUAUAAAAAUCAUAUUCAGAUUGUGUUUUUUUAUGCAGGUUUUGCAUAGAACGUCAAUGCUUGUUGCCCGGUGAGUACGUGGUGCUCUCCUGAGUGACAGUGGAACGUCCAUGUGGUGGAUAUUCUUUUUUGGCUUCAUAAAAGCAAAAACACCUGUCAUUCUGAGAUGCCGGUAAACUCUAGUUUCCUGCAUCCGUACGUAAGGGUCGGCAGUACCGCGAUUCGCGAAACUACUCAGAGGUGGCGUGCCAUGUUGUUUUAUUUUUCGCCAUGCCUGAAAUUGAUUCCACUGUGUACGUGAGAGACACACACAGAGAGAAGCGUGUAACACCAUCCAACUCAUGUAGAAUCAUCGUCAUGUCGUUGCCAGGCAACGGCAGUGGGAAGGAUUUACAGUCGCGCUCCGCGCCCUCCCCCACUGCCGUUGCCAGACAACGUGGUGACGACGGUUACAUAGCGCAUUCUUUCUAAGACGUUUCGCUCUCUCGUACACACGAAAAUCUAAAAGGGAAGACGACUUUGGCCAGCACUGUAUCGGUCAAAAUAGCGGAGAAUAAAAAGAAUAAGAGAAGAAAGAAGUAGAUAUCAUAUUACCAGUGAUGCAAUUGUUUAAGGCAACUAUAGUACAAAUGUUUCGUGUCAAAUGUUUGUAAUACGUGUGAUAGUCUGUAUUUUAGCAAAUAGCUGUAUUCACUGUUAAUUCUUAUCACACUAUGGAUUAGAAGUCACAUUAUUUAAAAAAGUGAUUUUUAGAUCUUUCUCUUUAUUUCUAGCGUCACUUUAAAUAUAUCUGUAGGCAGAACUUUCUAGUAGGUUCAUCAAUAUUCACUCGUUCUAUUCCUAGACGGUAGCAACAGUAGCAAUGAUAUUGACAUGAUUCGGUUUUUUCAACAACACUAUAAACAUUUAUAAUCGAUUUCUAUCGGCAUUUUACUUUGGUGACGCAAAAAAUUUGCAACGGUAGCUGUGAUUUUGGAACAAUGUUAGCAUUGUGAUGCUGACAAUAAUUUUUUACAAGAAUAACGAUAGAGCUCGAAAUAUAGAUUAUUUUUGAACACGUCACUUUGAUUUCGGGGAACUAUUUGGGAUAGACCUCUGUCAUUUAAAUGACUAUCACCCGAAAAAAAAAUUGUAAGGCCUGGAUUUUCAAUUGCUGGUUAACUAUGAUACCCCACUGCUAAUCAGAAUUCGACUCUCAAAAUGCGCUUUUCAGUAUCAGAUUUCUCCGAAAGCGGUGGUUAAUUUAACCAGAAACUAAAACGUUAUAGUUGAACCGCAAAUUCUAAUUUUUUUGCUCAUCAUCGAGCAUCACAAAACGCACAGACCACGAUAGUUCAGACAGUUACGGGUUGGUUAACCAGAACCUGAAAACCGAAUUUACGCACGAUAGUUAGCUUAUAGCUACCAAACCUGCAAACUGACAGAUUGACUAACCAGUGAUUGGAAAACCGGGCCUGAGAUGAAACAAAAAUAAAACUAUGCCUGCUUUAAUGAGAAUGAAGGCCGAACUUGUGGCGUCAUAUGAGAAUGGUCUAUAUUAUAGGUGGUGAAUGACAUGGACUGUGGAUAUUAGUGUAUACAGGGUUGGGAUUAAUAAAUGACCUUUUAACUUAAAAUCUGUGCUGUUGGAAAUAGUGCUACUGUGAAAAAUGGUCAUAAACAUUUUUGUUUGGCUUCUUUUUUUCAUUCAAUUCCUUAGUGUUUAAUGUAGAUCAAACGUUCAUAGGUUCGAGUAUAUGUAAUGCCUUCAACUUAUUCUAGUCAUUAUAAAUUCCAUUAUAAUUAUAUUUUAGCCUAUAUAUCCCACACAUUUAUUGACCUUUUUAUACUAGAUCGUUUGACAGUGUCCUAUUUAAAUUUCUCCAUCUAAAUAUUUCAAAAACUACUCAUUUUAGAAAAAAAAAAAAUGAACAAAAGUCAUAGGUUUUUGAGGGAAAAAUGGUGGUGACCUUGACAAUGACCUUAACUUCGAUUUUUCAAGGUCAUCUCAAUAUCAAGUAAAUAUUUUCAAAUGGAAACCCAUUUUUUACUUCGUCAAAAAGAGGAGCCAAUGAAGAAGUUUCGUGAUAUUCAGAAUCGCAUAAGUAAUGACAUACCAGCAAAAUGUAGACUACAUAUAAUCAACCAGUGAAAAAAUUAUUGAAAUCGGCUAAUAAAUGACAGAGAAAUUGAUACUUAAAUUUGGCGCAUUAUAACGCGACAUCAUUGCUGCCGUUGGUUCUCGUCUGACGUCACACCUCUCUAGUGCCCAGCGUCUCGUCGCGUAGGUGUUCGACAGCGUCUGUGCGUUUAGACAUUAGUCAUAGACAAUUCAUAAGACACACCUGUGCGCUCGGACACGUGAUUUCCAGUUGAUAACUAUUGGGUACUGCGUAAGUUCAUACCAUUAUGGAAGCAGGAUUUGUAAAAGGGUUAAGUGACAAUUUGCCCAAAAUUGAUCUGAUGGAAUUCAUUUCCUCAAAUCCAUCAUGUACAAUCGCGGAAGUAAAUGGUGUGAAACUUUGGAAGUUGGUAUUUAUGUCUACUGCUACACUAUCACAACUAGCUGCAAAAUGUGCGAUACCCUACUGAGGUUUGAAACAAAUUAGUGUUGAUGCUUAAUAUGAGUACAGAUUUGCGAAUAUGACACGAUACUUUUCUAAAAUCUCGUUAAAGUAUAUAAUAACAUUGCACAUGAACACAGUAAAGAGUCAACCUACUUGACGCCUUUUUAGUAGUAGCUCACAGCUAUUCUCGCUGAGUUGAAAUAAGUGACCUGUAAUAUUAGUUGAUAAAUAUUGUUGUCAAGGUCAGAUUCGGACGUAAACUUUCCCGCUUUUCCAUUUUCAUUUUGUCCCAUCGAAACCUUAUAAUUUUUGUGUGGAAUUUUUUUCUGGAAUGAGCAGUCUUCUAAAUAUUUAGGUGAUGAGAUUAUAAUGGGACACCUUGUAUAGGAGAGCAACUGUAAAUUCUUAAUCCAUGUAAAAUACAAACAAUUAGACCAAACAUAAGAAACAUAGAGUUUCUCAUCUAUUACGAGUAUAUCAGAACUAUUCAUAAUAACUUAUACACCUCACAUGAUCUUUACUAUAGCUCCUAUGAAACAGCCCUGUAAAUAUACUUUUACCAUUGAUUAACAUUGUUUAAUGUAUUAUUAGGAUACUACUUUGUAAUAUUUGGCAAUAUGCCUGCUUAUUGCAAAUAUUCCAAAAUGAAAAAUCAGUCACUAUGAUUACGAAAAGAAACUUAAAAGUACAUUUUGGUUCUGGUGUAUUCUGUUAUAGUCCAUUUCAGCAAUUCUUAUCUGGGAACAAACCACCAGAGUUGUUAUUUCAUUCAAAUGUUUUUGCAUAUUUUCUUAAUCAGAAAGCUGUUCGUUUGGGACAUAAUAUUUAUAAACUAAAUCUUUACUUUCACAUUUAAUUUUACCACUGGUAGAGUAUCUUUGCUUAUUUCAUAUGAAGCGGAGAGAUUCAGGUUAAUCAUGCUGAAAUGCACUAUAUCAGUUUUUAAUUGUAAAAAGGAUAAAAAUUGUAUUUUUAUAUUUAUUGUACACAUAGAUUGUUCUAUCUGUGAUACAGAGCAUUUUUAUUAUUUAUAGUUAUUGUUGUGUGAGGCAUUUAAUUAUAUAAAAAUAUAUGAUUUGCGUGUAUUUUUAUACAGAAUUUUGCUUUGUUAACUUAUGUUUUAAAGUUGUAUAGAAUGAUUGUGUGAUAGAACUGAACCAGGAUGUAUUUAAAUAAAAC